CGCGCUUUUCCUUGGACGGUCGAAAUGAUGAUGUGUCUACUCAAAUAAAUCAAGCGUACGCAAGAUUGAAGCUCUUGAGUAAACUGCUGGACAACACAUUUUUUGGGGCAUCCUCCCUUGACUUACAGUAGUGAUUACGGAUGCUGUGGUCUUUGCGAGAACGCAAACCGUCAUUUGCUAUUAAUCGCUGAACGAAGUGAUUUUCUCGUCACGGCGAAUAACAGCCUUCAUCAGCACUGUACCUGCUGCGGCAAGACCACAUAAAGCAGGAGCCUCUAGAUGGCGCACAAGAUUGCGUCGCACUGCGGAAAUUGUGCACAGGAAUCCAUAUAUACUACGCGUAAACUUGGAAAUCAGCAAGCUGCCGGCCCAUCUCGUUCUCGAAGAGCUCCUCGUAACUCUGCCUGCUUAAACUGUCGUAAACGAAAGCAUAAAUGCGACGGUGUAAGACCUACGUGUGGACCGUGUAUACGCUCCCUCAGGGGAAACGAAUGCAUCUAUCUCGAGAGUCCAAGACCCAGUCGACAGCAAGCGCUUGAGCAGCAGAUCAUUCGUCUUCAAGAACGUCUUUCGGAGCUCGGUCAAACAGACGGUGACUCACUCUCGGAUAUCUCUGGAGAACAACAGGAAUCUCCUACACCAUCAGUUUCACCCUAUGAUGCUACCAGCAGCAAUAAUCACGAUUCUGGUGCCCUCGUGGCGAGAUACCUCGGGCAAGCGACUGCUAGUAUGUCCAUUUCAGUCAGCAGCAUGCCGGAGCCGUCUUCGGCUGCUGUACAAUCAAUCGUCAACGCAUUCCUAGUACACUCCGAUCAAGUUGGGUUCUUCCUUGACAAAGCCCGCUUCUCGGCGCUUGUCUUCCUCGCACGUAACGAUGCUCGGCUGUCACCUGCACUGCGCGAUGCAGUGUAUCUGUGGGGCGUCCACUUCUCCGCUACGGAUGCGUUAGCAGUAUACGGACCUGUGCUUCUGACUCGAGCAGUGCAAGCGCUGAACAGCGCAAGUGUCAACAUGGCGGCGUUCGAGACAAUGCAGAUCGUGCAGGCUCAGAUUCUUGUUUCCAACUACCAUUUCUCGUUUGGUAGGAUGGUGGAGGGGAAGUAUUUCUGUGAUGCCGCAGCUAUACUUGCUCUGAGCUGCCAUCUCUAUCGAAACGGCUUCUCGCAGACGUCCCACACCCUUAUAGAUGUGGACAACUCUUAUAACCCAUCCUUGCGGACGCGAAAUGACACCAUUGAACCGGCUGAACAUUCCCGCGCACGGUGGCAUCUCUAUGUGCUCGAAAAAUGCUGGGCGGCUAUUCUGCAUUCCAGUUCGCGCAUUCAUGGCACUUCUGGGCCAUUCGAGGCCGAUGAAUAUGGAGUUGAUAUCCCGUCACUUCAAGGUGUACCACUGUCUGUCGCAAGCGGACAUGGCCAGGACAAUGUCAACGAUCUGAUUCUUCAGGCGAAGGCCGCUGCUUUGUUCGAGCGCGCAACUAGGCUCACAGCAGAAUGGACUGCAGACACCGACCUUGAACGUUAUGCUAUCGAGUUCGUGCUGCUGGAUGACAUGAUAGAUCGCUUCAUCACCAUGGUUGAGCCCAUGCACACAUCUUCCGGAGGAACGAUGAGCCGGACGCUCUUGACCACGCUUACAUUGGCUCAUGCCGCCACCAUCCGACUCCACGAGAAGCUCCAGCACUCGGGGUCGCUAUCUGGCAAGAAGGAUGUGCGCGCAGCGAAGGCAGCCUCGGUCGCCCUAGUCAGCAUUGCUUCAGAACAGCUCCCGUUCCUGAAUCCCAUCAUAACAAUUCUGUGGACCAUCGUCUGCCGUGUCUUAGUACGUGAGAAAGCUCGUCUGCGAGAGUUAUGGACGUCUUCGUCUGCUGCUCAGCGCGUGUUGGCCAGCGAAGCAUCAUUACAAACCAUCCAAGCGGCGCAUGCCGACACCUCUUCUGUGCUCUCUAGCCUCACAGCGGUCAUGUCUGUAUAUGGCCGCACGUCCCCCUUCAUGGCGACGCAAGCCAUACGCAUGCAGCAGGAAAGUGCAUAAAGUGCUAUUUGCAGGCCUGUUAUUCAUUAAUUUAUUGGAAGACGCGACGCUAUUAAUGCAGCAUGUUCGGCGUUUAUCAUACAUGGAUGCCGUUGCUCUAUUUCGACACGGAGUAUAUUCUCUGCCAGUGUCAUCUCGCACGAACACCACUGCCACACACAUGGCUACUACUAAUGGAGUCCAUGCUGGACCCACGGGUACAUCACAUCUGUUGUCAUCAUUACGCUGCGUUGGUUCGGAAUUUAAAUUUGCAAAUGUCUGAUAGGCUUCUCUACCCUCAUUUGAGUAGAGUUGCGGCUCCCCUCCAUGCCUUCGAGAUAGGAAUGGGGAACAUCAUGGCGAUUGUGCCAGCUUUCAUUUCAAGUGAUCGUCGCUCUACUCUAUUCUG